CUAGUCUAUUCUAAGCCGCUCAGGGUACUAUCAGCUCAAUGCCGAUCAUCUAUGCAACUGUCUCAAGAGGGCCUGUGGUCCUCGCAGAGCACACAACAAGCUCAGGAAAUUUCACACAAAUCACACAAAUCAUACUGGACAAGAUACCGCCCAACAAUGCGAAGAUGUCCUACAUAUACGAUAAAUUCCUGUUCCACUACGUAGUUCAGGAUGGAUACACAUAUCUCUGCAUGGCCAAUGAGGAGUUUCAAAGACGAAUUGCCUUUGCCUUCUUGACCGACAUACAAUCAAGAUUUCAAAGUACCUUGGGGAUGCGUGCAAACACCGCCGGUGCCUAUUCCCUAAACGAACAGUUCAAGCCUGUACUACAAACACAGAUGGAAUACUAUUCCUUCAAUCCGAAUGCAGAUCGUAUCGUACAGGUUCAAGGGGAGAUAGACGAGGUUAAGAAAGUGAUGGUGGAAAAUAUAGAGAAAGUACUGGAGAGGGGCGAGCACAUUGAACUCUUGGUGGAUCGGACCGAAACGCUCAAUCAACAGGCAUUUCACUUCAAGAAGAAGGCAACCGUAAUGAAGAGGCAAUACUGGUGGAAGAACAAGAAAUAUUUACUGAUAAUCAUUCUGAUCGUGGCGUUGGUGGCGUAUAUACUGUUCGCAUGGACUUGCGGAGGUCCCAACCUUCCUUGUUUGCAGAAGGAUACAUGAAUACUAUUUGCACCCGUUAUUGUGACCGACUUUGUAAGGAGGUUUGCUUUGCGCGGUUACUGUCAAUGAGGAGGACCAAAUGCGCAAGCCUUCCACAGGCUGCUUAGGCCAAAUUGACUUUUGUCAGUGCCUUUCGAAUUAAAGCAAACUGAGCGCAGUCUGGAUCUACUCGUGGCAAUUUGUCUUGCUUUCUGCAAGUUCGUCGUCGUAGGUGGCAUCGACACAAUAUGAAUGAAAUCGAGACUAAUACUGGCAGGUGUGGUUUUCUGCCCAACAACCCGUCAGCAUCAUGCUGUCUCAUUUUCCGGAUGAAGAAUUGCUGCAGAUGUGGAAAUACCUGUGACUUUUUUCUAUAUUAAAGUGAAAUGCCCUCCCCGAA